AUGACCAUGAUCAUUAAUAAGGCUUAAGGUCUAUGAAAGCAUGGCAGCAGUACGUAAAGUGAAACCUAAGAUUAAACCUCCGAAAAAGCAUACACUAGAUCCACCUACUGAGGAAAUAUGGUCAAGAUUGGCCGAAAAUAUCCGUGAAAUCCACAACCACAAUGCUUCUAACCUGUCCUUUGAAGAGAACUAUCGGAUCGCAUACAAAAUGGUGCUCAACAAACAGGGAGCUUUGGUUUAUGACGGAGUUCGCCAGUUGGUUGCCGAAAAUGUUGAUAGGCUUGCAAAGAACGAAAUUAUCCCCGCCUUCCCCAGUGGUGCGAACGAUGAUCCAAUGCAACAAAGUCAGGAAGGCGAGCUUCUUCUCAAAGCAUUGAGACGUGUUUGGGAUGAUCACACUGGAAACAUGUCGAAAUUACGCGAUAUACUCAAGUAUAUGGACCGCGUUUAUACGAAGGCCCACGAUGUACCAGAAAUAUGGGAAGUGGGACUGGCCCUUUUUCUGAAACACAUAAUACGUCCACCAAUACAACAACAUCUUAUUUCUGCCGUGUUGUCCUUGAUUCAAAUUGAGCGCGAUGGAUAUGUGAUCAGUCGCUCGGCUGUGAAAGAAUGUGUAGACGUCUUUUUGCAGCUGGGUGUUGACCACGAUGGCCCAUCUAUCUAUAAGCGAGAUUUGGAGCCAUCUGUCCUUGAAUCAAGCGAAGCGUUCUACAGUAAUGAGGGAAAGCGACUGCUAGAGUCGUGUGAUGCUCCUGAAUAUCUACGAAGGGUUGAAGCUCGAUUUGAUUCCGAACAGGAUCGCACAAACCACUACCUAUACUCUCAGACUGCCAAUCCUCUUCGUGCUAUUCUUGAGAACCACCUUCUUACACCAAAUUUGUUGACCAUCAUCAAUAUGCCAAAUUCAGGCAUGGAUAUUAUGAUUGAUCUCGACAAAUUACAGGAUCUGAACCGGCUUUAUCGUCUAUUCAUCAUGGUGCCCACUGGACUUCCUACACUUCGGAAGGCUCUCAAAGAUUCCAUUGCGCAGAGGGGUAGAGUCAUUAAUCAGGCAUCUUUGUCUGCCGAUGGCGAUCAGGACAGUGGUGAUGGUGGUGCCACUGAACCUGGUGAUUCUGCUAAAGGCAAAGGCAAAGCGAAAGCGCGCGCUCCAGGUAUUGGGUCUCAGACAUUAACUCUCGCUCUCAAAUGGGUGCAAGAUGUCCUCGAUCUAAAGGAUAAGUUUGAUCAUGUAUGGAAACAGGCAUUACGGAGUGAUAGAGAUAUCGACAGCUCUAUGAAUGAGGCUUUCGAAGAUUUCGUCAACCUGAACGAAAAAGCACCCGAGUUUAUAUCGCUUUUCAUUGACGAAAACCUGAAGAAGGGUCUCAAAGGGAAAACCGAUAUAGAGGUGGACGCUGUCUUGGAUAAAACCAUUACAGUUUUUCGUUAUGUCUCGGAGAAAGAUGCGUUCGAGCGCUACUACAAGAACCAUCUCGCCAAACGUUUACUACUAGGUAGAUCCGUAUCAGAUGACGCAGAACGAGGCAUGUUAGCUAAGCUCAAGGUGGAGUGUGGCUACCAGUUCACGCAGAAGUUGGAAGGCAUGUUCAAUGAUAUGAAAAUAUCUGCUGAUACCAUGCAAGCAUAUCGUAACCACCUGGAGAACACUUCGGCUCCAGAUAUUGAAAUAUCAGUUAUCGUAAUGACGUCCACCUUUUGGCCUAUGUCGCAUUCCAGCGCAACCUGCGCGUUGCCAGAAAGCUUGACAAAGGCCUGCAAGUCCUUUGAGCAAUUUUAUCUCAGCAGGCAUUCUGGACGACGUUUGACGUGGCAGUCAUCCCUUGGGAAUGCCGAUGUUCGUGUCACGUUCAAGUCCAGAAAACACGAUCUCAACGUCUCGACAUUCGCCCUUGUCAUUCUGCUUCUUUUCGAAGAUUUACCGGAUAACGAGUUUCUAACGUAUAAGGAAAUCAAAGAGGCUACCUCAAUCGUUGACGUGGAGUUACAGCGCCAUUUACAAUCUCUAGCCUGCGCUAAAUAUAAGAUCCUGAAGAAACACCCCCCAGGUCGGGAUGUGGAUUCAACAGAUUCAUUUUCCUUCAACAGUGACUUCACGUGUCCAAUGCAAAAAAUAAAAAUCGGUACGAUUGCUUCCAAGGUGGAGACAGUUGACGAACGGAAGGAAACCCGAGAUAAAAUUGAGGAAGAGCGACGCCUCCAGACAGAGGCUUGCAUUGUGCGCAUAAUGAAAGAUCGCAAGCACAUGACGCACAAUGAGCUUGUUAACGAAGUAACUCGCCAACUUGCAAGCCGUUUCCAGCCGAACCCGCUCAGCAUUAAGAAGCGAAUUGAAGGAUUGAUCGACCGAGAAUAUUUAGAACGUUGUGAAGACCGGAAAUCCUACAACUACCUACACCAGAGCAUCUACCAUACAUUUGACCCAAAGUAG